AAUAUGCAAUGGCCGCCAUCUUCAACUCUUGUGAAUGUUUUGGUCGUAGUUUCGAACUUUGAGGCCUAUUUUGUUUGUGCUAUGCAAUUAUUUGAUGGGAAUACUUUCGCUACAUUGUAGGUGAUAUUAAUUUUUUUGUAAGCAGUCACAUGAAAUAAACUUGGGAGGCCGAGGAGCUCUCCAAAGCGUCAUCUCGGGUUUGACCCAAGAUGAUAGUUUAUACGGUAUGUCAUCUACAUCAGAAUAUGAACCUGCGGCCCGGCAAGAUUACGGGCCGACCACCUCCAGUGAAAAUGUGUUUGAUCAAGUAUUGGAACAAAAACUAACAGAUACUAUGAAUGUACCCAGUAUACGUACUCCUGUCCUUAGGGCUGUGCCCUUAUCUCCUACUGAGGGUGGUACCGAACCAGACUCCACUAACAUUGAGAGUGUUGUCCACUCUGCUCAUAAUAAAGCAGACAAGGAAGUAGAGUAUCAUAUCGCAGAGAAAAUUUGUGAACAAGAUAUGUCAGUGGACUCACUCCCAGGAAUAAUAAGGUUAGAGGAACCUACCAUUGACAAUGAAGGCAACAUUGCAUACCCCAUAAUACAAGAAACUGAAGAUUCAGGUGAUGCUAAUUAUAUUGAUAACUCUGCCACUAUAAUACAAGCCCCUUUGAACACAGCAAUAGUUCAAAAUGUUACUAAACUGCCGCAGAACUUUACAAUCAACGUUGAUGCAGCGGUUGGUAACCUAACAACUAUACAGAAUGUAUCACAAGAUGUUCCUACCAAUCAGACAUUGUGGUUACCAGCAGUUCUUGCUACAAGUGCCACUGCAGAUAAAAGUGAAGAAGAACAGUCACAGGCUGCGGUCUCACAGAUAAUAAUCACUAGUGAAAGCUAUGUAAAUGAUACAAAUCCAACCAGAAGAGCUAAUAUUAUCAAUGAAACCAGUUAUAGACCUAAAAAUUCAAAGGUUCAGAUAUUAAGCAACAUAUCUAUACCAAAAAAUACUACUUAUUCACAACAAUACAUCACUCAGGGUAAAGAAAUAGCACCGGUGUAUGGCACCCAAAGUCAUUUCUAUAAAUGGAGCACAAAUGUAGUGUCACAGAAACAUGUAAAUAACUCAGUGCUUUGUACUAAACCCCCUAAGAGUCAAUCACUGAUUGGUUGCUCUGUUUCGCCUAAUGUAAUAAGCAGCCCCAUUAAGAAUGUAUCUUAUAGUCAUACAUUUGCAAAAGGCACAAACUUAAAUAAAGCAUUGAAUAAGGUUAACAAUGGUGCUAACUUAAAUGCUAUGGUUGCAGCAUCAUCAGGCAGCACUCAGUGCCAUAUUUUGUCCCGUGUAGUUUCUGGACCUAACAAAAUGUCAGUACAUUCUGGGAAGAAAUCUGUUAACACAUUCAAAGGAUCUAAGAAUUCUAGCCAAGUGUCUGGACAGAAAAAUCAAUCAAGAGCAAUAAAGAUAAUACAGCAAACUGGUUCUACCCAAAAAUCGGAUACUAAGCCUUGUGCUUCUACAAAUACUACUUAUAAAAACCAGACACAACCUACUUACAGUACUUUAGAUACCAAUAGUUCUAAAGUUAUACAAAAAAUUGGAAGUCCCACUCAUAAGCCAAGUAUACAACAUCAGAUGAAAUUUCCUCAAAAAGGUGAACGCUUAGUGCUCCAAUCCCCAUGUGGCCCAGUGUUGAUUUCUACUGCUCCAAUAAGUACAAGCCUGCCUAAAGGGCCACAUUAUGUUCAAUCAGGAUCUACUCCGAAUUUACGAUAUGUUCAAACUUAUGCCACAUCAGACAAUCAGCUCUCUACAGUUUCGCAAGUAUCAGCUAACCAGCAAUUGACGGCACAAAUAUUGCAGUCUUUGUCACAACCAAAAUUAAUGUUACAUCCCAACCCAGCUCCUAUAGUAGCAAAUGUAACUACCCCAAUUCAUAUAGAAGAGAUUAUUGCAGUUAAACCGAACAACCAAAAGAGGAUUGUUUUUGGCGACAAGACGACGCUACAGACAGCAGAUGAUAUAAUUGGAAUGGAAGAGAGACCUAAUCUGACUGAGGAAUUCCGCCGUUACUCUUUUCAAGCGCUGGCUUUUGUGAUGCUCGACCAUACAUAUGCAUUACCAGCACAGAAACAACCCUCACCUUCGCCUCCUGCUAUUACAACGGUGGUAUCGACAUUAUCCCCGACGUCUAAUGUCUCGCCUACUCCAGCUACACCAGUUAGCCCAUUGAAAAGGAGUUCUCCAGUUAUUAUGUCCACAGCAUCAUAUGACCUACCAAUUACUGUACCAACCAGCAGUGUGGUCGGCCCCCCGAUUCCUAUCACUUCCAUUCCGAUGGCAGCUUUAACUUACAAACCACAACCCUUGCCAAUACCACCGCCAGAUGAUGAUGCGGCUUCGGUAAUAUCGUCCUUAGACGGAGACCGUGCACAGGCUAACAGAGGCGGCAGCGACACAGAGACUGCGCCCGAAGGUGAAGAAGAAGGCAAAACUAGAUGCAUUUGCGAUUACACUCAUGACGACGGCUAUAUGAUAUGCUGCGAUCGAUGUGGGGAAUGGCAACAUGUCGACUGCAUGGGCAUUGAUAGGAACAACAUACCAGAUACUUACAUGUGCGAACUCUGCUUACCGCGGCCUAUUGAUAGGCGCCACGCCAGAGCGAUUCAAAUGCGAAAGCGGGAGGAACUGAAUGCCUUGGGGGCGGCGUCAGACUCAGAUUCUUCUGAAACCGGCCGGCCGCCAGGACAAAAAAGAAAACGUUUGUUGACUGUUACCACAUACACCAAUACAAGUGGUUCCUUCGUGACCACUUACAAUUCAAGCUCCGUGCCGGUGCUCCCGCCUCUGACGCAACCCCCGCUGCAACCUUUGCCUCCUAAAAGAGGUCCUAAGCGACCUAAGAAAACGGAAGUUGUGCGGAAAGGACCUAAGAGAAAGUUAACAGAAAAGAGAGUAAAACGAAAGAAAGAAAUUAUGAUGAAUAGAAGCAAAUACAACAUGAAUGUAUCUAAUCAGUCACACUGGCAAGAAUCUUAUGAACUAGCUGUGACAAAUCAUUACAGUCCAGAGCUGCGAGCUAAGAUUAUGAAAUACAGCAGUAAACUUGGUAAUUCACCGAAUAUGGCGUCAGCUAUUACUGCGCAUUUAUGUACAACAGUGCCUCACGCUGGUGGCAAAAUUUUGAUUGCAAUAAAAGAAUUGAAAGAAAACACACCUAUCAUAGAACUAAGGGGCAAGUAUAUGUUGUCUAAUCAGCAUAGACCGCAGUUACAGAACUCUGCGCGGGCCGGCAGUCAGAAGCCGGGUCCUUUCGUAUUUUUCUAUAGAUUACCGAAAGACAACACGCAAAUCUGUAUCGACACAAGAACAUAUGGUAACGAAGCUAGGUUCGUACGGAGAUCAUGUAAACCUAAUGCUGAACUGCAACACUGUAUCGUUAAAGGCACUCUACAUGUUUAUUUAGUGACAAUUGGAGUAAUUCAAUCUGACACUGAAAUAACUGUUGGUCAUGACUCUGAUGGUAGCAAGCAGCCUUGUGCUUGUGGAAAUCCAAAGCAUUGUAAAGUGAAUGGAUUGAAUUAUGACACCAAAAUGUCUAGGAAGAGUGUGGAUUAUCCUCCAAGGGAGAAGAGAAGUAGAAAUAGAUGUUUCAGUAGUUCCUCUCCAAUGUCUCCACCUCCCGAGCCGCCACUUACUCCUGUCAAAGAAUAUCCUUCGAGUCUGCCUAUCAAAGCUGAGAAGAAAUCACCCAUCAAACAGGAGUUCUCUCCAAUGUCUCCUAUCAAAAAAACCAUACCUUACAAUUAUGACAGAAUACUCUUACCAGAAAUUAAAUCUGAGAUAGAUUUGCUCUCUAAAGAAGAGUUAAAGCCUGAGAUAGAUGAGCCAGAAUUUGUAAAAACAGAAACAGUUGAAGAGAGAAAGGUUGUAAAAGAGGAAGAAGCUGAUAAACCGAUAAAAGAAGAAACUGUGGCAAUAGAACCAGUGGUUGAGGAAUCUAAGGCUAUUGUUGAGCACAGUGACCCUGUUUUGAGAACUGACGAAGUUCUUUCGGAUGAGGAGAAGCCAGAGAAAGUGGACAAAAUUGAAGAAAAUGUUAUUAAAGAAGAGCCUAAAGAGGAACCUAAACUGGAAUGUAAGAUUGAAGACGAGAGACCUGCGACGCGCGAAUUUACUGCCAAGUCUGCGUGCCACGACAGAUCUUCACGGUCAAGUAGGACAACAUGUGUAAACCAGGACUCUUUGGACGACAAAACGGAUGAUUCGCAAGACAAAAUACAGACUCCGUCUGCUAAAGAGAAAGAGAAGAGGAAAAUGACACGUGAAGAGCGUAAAAUGGAAGCUAUUAUGAAAGCGUUCGAAAGGAUGGAAAAAGCGGAACAGCGGAAACAGGAAGUGAAGGAACGACAGAAAAGGAGGGAGUCUGACCCGCAUCCCAACGCGCCCGAGAAGGAAGAAGAGGAAGAACCACAUAACUCUGUUAAGAAGAGGAGAAAACGCAAAGGCCGCGCCCGCACUACAUCUCAAUCGAACCUUAGUGGUCGUCGGCGACUUAAUUCCGCUGACAGCGACAUGCAUACAUCAGGCGACGAGGCGCCUCGCACCCCGCCGCGGACCCGCCCUCUCAGGAGACACAGCGCGUUACAACCGGCCACUCCGCAAACGACCGCCGCCGCUACAACUACGCCUGUUGAUCAAAUACCGCAGCCCCCGCAAGAGGAUCUCGGUUUGAGCUCAGCAUGUCUAUUAGUAGAAGCAGCUGUCGGUUCAGUAGAAUCUACAUUCAAACUACCAAAAACCAAAAAGACAAUGGCCACAGAAUGGAUAGGGCGUUCCCCCGAAAGAACGCCGUCUCCUUACCGUUCCCCCUACAGACCUUCAUUAGUAUCAGCUCCUUCAUUAGAAAGCUUAGUCCAAGUAGCAUCUACUAUUAUUGGUGAUCUCAGUGGUGGGCAAGAUAUUGAUGAGGAAAAUGCUCAUUCAUCACCACCAAGAACUCCAGGAAGAGACAGAAAUAAACCGCCCAAGAAAGCUAAGAGAAUAACGAGAAGUACACCUCCCACCGAAGUGGCAGAGGUUGUCCCUACAGUGGUACCCCAACAUAGUGCUAAGAAGAGAUGGCUCAGACAAGCCAUCAGUGAAGAAAGUGACUCUCCUUCGGCUGAUGUGUUUGUUUCAGAAUCGCCGCCGAAUGAAAUGAUAACACCUUUAAAGAAGAGGAGGUUAGCCAGAGAGUCGUUAUCGUGUGAACCAAACAAUAUUGUGCCUUGCAACGACGAAGCUUCACCUGUGCUUACGUCCGAGGAGUCUCCUGUAAAAGACGAUUCACGCGCUGCAAUGCAGUAUAAAGUUAGAAAUAUUAUGGACAGUAUAUACGGGAGAGACCGGACGAGGUCUGAUAGCGGACAAGGGUCGGACGACCAGUGCAAUAUGGACAAUGAUCUUAAUGUUAAUAUAGUUCCACAUGACAGUGAAAAUAUUAGGCGGAUAAUAGGCGUACCUCCUAGUGCAGACUACAAGAUAUCACCACCAGUAAUAACUAAACCUGAAGAUAUUAAAACAAACAAUAAUAAUGUCGAUAUCGAAGAUACUAAUUACAAUAAAGUAGUACCUAUGGAAAUCGACACUACGAUCUCAUCACAACCAAAACUGGAGUCUAACGAAAACAGUAAUAGUGAAGUAAAAGGCAUAGAAAGCCCGAAUGACAAGAUGAAUAGUUGUCAGUCUGCAGACACUAGUGGGAACUCCUCACCGCAGCGUGACGAAAUGGACGAUAUACAAAAGAAAAUACAUUCAUUCCACACGGAAAACAUCCUCAUUCUCAAAAGCAGAAAUAAGAAGCCCAAAGAAAAACGGAAGAAGGUGAAUUUGAACUUCGAUCUCAACAUGGUGGAUGACCAAAUCAGUAUUCAAUUGAGGACAGAGGAUGAGAACAACAGUUCGAAAUCGCCGGAGAUCAACGGAGAUAUUCACGACGAUAUGAGCAAUUGUAUGCAUGAGAAGAUUCACGUGUCGCCGGAGAAUAUUCCUCUGCCGUCGGUGGAGUCUAUACCUUUACCGGCGCCGGAGAAUAUUCCUCUGCCAGAGGAACCGAGCCCGAUGCUUCUGAUUCCGCCUCCGGAAGCGAUACCACUCCCAGAAGCGAUACCGCUUCCCGAGGAGCCCAUGAAGCCGGUGAAGACGAUUCGUUCGUUAUCUCCGGUCGAGAGCCGAUCAGAGGACAAAAAUUACGACGCGGACCGGCCGUCGGUGCUUGACAAGGCGACUUUACCGUUCUCAUCGCGCUUCGGUUCGGGUCUGUUCUCUGGCAUCUUCGGGAAUAUGACGCAGACAUUCAAUUUCGAAGAUCAAAGCGUGCCGAACAUGUCGAUUAUAAAGAGCGCAAUAGAUAAGACGACGAAUCUGGACAGUAGUAUAUUCGACGGUAAGGACACCGCGCGGGACGAAUUUAAGAACGUGCACGAGAUCUUGAACCGUGUGAACAGUAUGGACUCCAAUAACAGUGUGAUAUUGUCGGGAGUGUUGCGGAACACGCGCGCCAGCAACGCGGCGCCCGCGGCCGCCAAGCCCGGCGCCGCCACCAGGGACCCGCGGCUGCAGCCUCCGCCGCAGGACAAACCCAAGCCGGUGCGGAGGAAGCUCUCUAUCAGCGAAUACCGCAAGCGUCUGAAAGGCGCGGUACACGACGAGACGACCACCGACUCCACGGACGGGGCGGAGCCCGAGCACGCCGCGGAGGGCGAGGCGGGGCCCGAGUGGUCUUCAGAGUCUUCCGGCGCGGCCUCGCUGUCUCCUCAGAGAUUAGACGCGGCCGCCGCUCAAGCGGCUGAUGAAUUGGAGCAGAGGCUGCAUAGGGAACUCACUGCUGGACAGGGUCUGAGAGGCGUGUUCGACGCCCAGCCGACGGCUUCGGAACGGCAACGCGAAAACCUGAGUUCGCGUCUCCGGCGAGAGUUCGGUCUCGCGUUGCCCGACGACGAAGAGGCGCGCCCGCCCGCCGACCACUCCGGUACGGUAUGGGGGCAAAGUCUACGCGGGGGCUUUACUUGAAACAAGUGGCGGCGAGCGCGAGCAAGCGCACGGACAGGUAGGAGCCGCGCAAAUCAUAUUUUUGUAUAAACAAUCUCAAGCCGACGCCGCGGCCCGGCGCUGUAUUAUAAUAUAACAUAAUUAUUAAUGUAACUUUUUUAUGGACUCGUGUUAGAGACAUUUGUAUAUUUCCGUUCAUUCUUCUGUUUUUAUUUUUCACGGUUUUCUGCAAGUACAAAUUGUUUUUAUUUCCCCUUGUACAUAUUGUAUAUAGAAGAUUAAGAUAGCGGUAGGCGACCUACUCGGUAUGUAUGUAUAAUGGUAACAAAAAAGAUUUUUUAUAUAUGUACAAUGUUUAUGUAUCUUAUUGAUAUAUUUAUUUAUUACGGAUCUAUCUAAAGAGCGCCUAGAAAGCGCUGAAUAGGACUUUUGUACGCAUAAUGUUUAAGUAAAUUAUAGUUGUUUUUAUUAUUUGUUUUACCCUUUUUUAGCGUAUAUAGGUGUCUGGGGGUGACCCCAGGGCGUAGGUCUGUUAGUGUUAGUCGUUUUUCAUGUGUAGACAUGUUUCAAUUCGGGAGCGCGUUAGCCAUGUUAGAGGAUAAAUCUGUGUUAUAAUUUAAGAGAAGGCAUGUCCCAUGUCCGCCUUUAGAUCGAGGGAUGAGCAGUCCUGAUGAUGUAGAAAUUCGUCUCCAUCACAAAGCUCGGCAGCUGGUUAGGUGCGAUCCGACCGAUAGCGGUUUUCACUGUAUAUUGAUAACACCGGCUUCGGCCUUCUGCCCAUAAAGUCUGGACUGUGUCAUAUUUGUCGAAUAUUUGGUAAUGAGCUAGUUUUAAAAAAAUCCGCGUCCCCCCUAUUCACCUUCAGACGUGUUUCCAAUAUGCUUUGUAUUAUUAAUUGUGUCUAAUUAAUUUAAUACAUCUUGAGAAUAUUUACGUUGUGAUUAUCGCUGAAAAUAUUUAAUUAAUAAAAUCGAUAUAAUUAUUUACUCGGAACUGCAUUUCCUUUAAAGGUCAUAUUUCCGUUGAUAACUAAUUUGAAUUGAAAAAUAUUAUUUUAUAAAUUUACCUAAUAGUAAUACGAAGCAUAUUGACGGAAACGUACCCGUCUCGGUGACAACGAAUCGAUGUUGUGAACCCCGGGCCCAAACCCAGUGACAAAUAGAGAGACUUGCAAAAUAUUCUGUUUGUUAUUAAAAAUUAAGUGUGGACACCUGGGUCCGCCGGUGUGAGAAGCGGACAGCGCGCGGGGCCUUAUUAAUGUUUAAUCGUCCAAAUGAAAUGUCGAAAUGUUCUUAUUUUUUACACCUCGAGAUCGUUUUUCCUUUUAGCUGCACGCUUUCCACAUCGACGCGGAAGCCGUCGGAGAAUAGAAUUAACCUUUCUCAUUAAUUAGUAUUCAAAUUAUAGCUAUCUGGUUUUGUAGCCUAAGAAAUGAUAGAUUCAAAUUACUAUCCUGUCAAUUUUUUUUAAAUGUUAGUUAUUCGUCAGUGAAAAUGUAAUGGAAUGCAAUUUCACUAAAAAUUUUUUAUCGGACGCACGGACGAGUAGUGAUACAUCUAAAAAAAUUCCAUAACAUUUUCACUAUUUAAUAACUGAUUAUAGAUUUAAGUAACAUUUCAUUGAAUGGAUAUAGAAAAGAUUUAAGUUUGUCACAUAGUUACUAGAUAACUUGUAAAAAAGAACCGCCUCCGAUGGAUAUCCUUCUUUUUUAAAGUCGGUAAAAUUUCUAAAACUUUCUUCUAAAAGGGUAACAAACACUCCUAAAAAUCGCAUCAAAAUUAGUUCAGCGAAACGCCAGAAAAUCGCGUACACACAUACGUUCAAAUCAAAAUAAGAACCACCUUUUAUUUUGGAGGCGGUUAAAAAUAUCACAAAUAUGUCGCAUGUCAUGUUUAAAUCCCUCAAUCGGUCUCACUAGAGUGAGUCUAAAUCUUACUCUGGGAUACUAAUCCCACGCAAUCGAAAAACAAAAUCGCUUUGAAAUACAUUUCGAAACUCAAUUAUUUUUCGAUUAUCAUUUAUGCAUUCUCGUCUGUUUACAAACGGUGAUAAUCGAUCGAUUAUGAACCACCGGGAAUGCAAAAGAAUUAAAAAUGAAUGUUGAGAUAUAUUUUUUGAAUGUAAAUUAUUUUCGAUUGCGUUGGUAUCGGUACCUCGUUUCAUAUGGUUCUGGUACGAAGAGAUUCGUUUCAUUAUCGUUUUUAUUGUUAAAAUUUUUAUACGAGUGAAGACUAGGUUGCAGACGACAAAUUCUUCAUACAGUUUCUAGUCUACCAUUUCUAAGGUUGCAAUUUAUAGAGAAAUUUUGGCAGUGUAUAUUAGAUGUUGUAGUAAAACUACAUGGAAUGUAAUAUGAACCCAGUGUUAGCUUUAUAGUUGCUCAACGUUCCGUUUCUCCGGAACACUAAAUUACUGACAAGCUUUUCGCGGUUUGGGGAAGAAAUAGUAUUAACGAAUUCAAAUAUGUAUUUAAUUGUAUUUUGAUUUUAAAUCACGGAAUGAAAUGUGUCCUGGUAGAAAUUGUACUAUGUUAUGUUGACAGAUUUUUUUUAAGAAAACAUGCGGGGCCCAUCCAUUAAUUACGUUACACGAAUUUCAUCGGGUUCUUUUCGGACUCGUACCAUCGUACCAUCGUUUUAUAAUUUCUUUAUUGUUAUUUAUUUUGAAAGGUAAUAUAUAAGUUACUAUUCUGGGAAUAUUUAAAGCGUCUACCUGUAACCGUUAUUAAUAUUGAGCGGAAAAUACAUUAUAAAAAAAAAUAUUUUUAGGAUUUGUGGUUAUAGCGACAAUGGAAAUACAUAAUUUCAGCUUUCUAGCUAUCAUAGUUUAUGAGAUACAGCCUGGUGAAAGACAAACGAGCAGGGAGGGAGGGUAAUAUUUUAGUUUAUUUUUUUAUCGUUUUUUAGUGUUUAUUUCUUCUCACAUAUAGAAUGGUUUUGAGGUUUCCGUAAAGUAAUAGUUUGAAUUUCGUGUAUUCACUCUUACAAAAUUACUAUUAAAAUUAAAUUAUUUUUUGAAAUGUGAUGACAUGAAAUUUAUGACUCCUACAGGGGUAUUACACUUGUCAACCCCCCCUCCCUCUUAACGUAUGACGUAAGUUAUGGAUGGCUGCUUAGAAAUGUGGGUUAUUCUUUUUUUUUAUUUAACAAAACUAGAAGACAAAUAAAAUAACUGCAUCGGCUAUAUUAUCAAAUCGAUUUGUAAAAUUGUUGAGUCAUAUCAAGAAUUAUUUUCAGGCGUAUAAUAAUGAUUUUUGCAACUGAUAAUUCUGUACACGCUGUGUACAUAAUGGAUUUGGAAUAAUGUGAGAAAAGGUUAAAAGUUGGUUAAUGCUUCCACUUUGCGCGUGAAAAGUAUCAAUAGAAAAGGCAUAAUUUAAUUUAUACUGAAAAAAUAAUAUAGUAAACAUGUUGCAAUAAUUCGCCUAAAGGCAACACUAGUUCAUAGAAAUAUAUAAACUCGAGAUAUUUUAUUAGCAUUUUAUUUUAACUCUGGAUUUUAUUAUUUUUUAUACGUAUUGUAAAGGUAUUGCCGAUUUAUGGUUUCUGUUUGAAUAUAUAAAUUACUGGUGCGAAACCCCAGCCAGUGCGGAGUGAUAAUGUCGGUGGUUCUCUAAUAUGAAAUGUAAAUAUUUCGUUUUGGUUGUUAACUAGAAUUGUGAAUCGCUUUUUGUCUUCGUGUUAAAGUGCAUUUAGCUGUGAACAUUCCCACUACAUGGUCCCGUCGAUGUUUACAUCGUAUCACGCAGAGGAAUAGUACAUUUCAUCAGUUUUCUAUCGUAGUCGUUAAUGUACCAAUUGGCAGUUCACAGCCCAAUGCUCUCCAAUCAGUACAUGUUCUGUAGAAAUUAGAGAAAUCUUUGUGAUAAAAAUCUUGAUAAUAUCAUCCAGUAGAGAGCGAUAUUUGUGUAUAUAUUAUAAUAAUUAUUGGAUAAGCAAAAGCUAUAUUUUGUUAUGGUGAACUAAAGCGCACUGUGUAACUCUCGUUUGCCAUAUGAACUUAGUUCCCCUACUGUUUCUUUGUGAUUGCACCCACCUCUGCCCUUCUUCAUAUUCGAUAAUUACGUGUAAGGCAUUCGACGUAACAAUGGAAUAUUUUGCAAUAUUAAUAUAAUUUUAUUGCUAAGUGGUUCAUAAAUUACUAGAACUGUAUAUUAUUCAGAUGUUAAAUAUUAUUAUUUCUUUCUUAAUGUUUGAAACUAAGCAUGUAAAAUUUAAAAUAAUAAUAUAGAAUAAAAGAUGUUAUGAUAAUUAAUUACAUAAAAUCUUCGUUUGAA